GCAGGGAGUUUUUGGUUUCCUAGAUGCUUCCGUCUGGAUUAUAUCAUCAACAGGACUCUAAAUCCCAGCAGGAUUAGCUACAUUUCGCGCAGUGCCUGAAGGGAGUUGUAGUAUCUUAAACCGAUAAGUAACAGGAAGUGCAAGAGAUCUUCGUGUCCCGGCGUACAGUGCGGUACUGAUGAUGUGCGGGGAAACAAUCUGUAAUUAUGGGCAAUAAGCAGCACUGGUCAAUAUAUUAAUUCAAGUGAGAAAGAGUCCUUUAAAGAGAAGAAAAUUAUAGAUAAUAGAAAAGCAAAGUAUAAAAAAUGAUCAAGAUUAAACAAGAACGAAUUGAGACAAAAGAGGCAUCUUCUGUUGCUGAGAAAGUAUGUAACAGCAUUGAGGACCAUACCACAGCAGCAUCAGAUGAGCACACCAGUACAAGUGUUUUUAUUAAAGCAGAAGAACCAGUUAAAAAGAAGAAAAAACGAAAGCGAACGCCAGCCAAUCCAGAUGCCUUUAUUUGUGAUGAUUGUGGGAAGGGAAGUCCUUGUAAGUCAGCUCACCUGCGACACAUGAAAACUCACACAGGCGAGCGACCAUUCCAGUGCAGUGUCUGUGGGAAACGAUUCAUCCAGAUUUCGGAGUACAAGAACCACCAGAGAUCACAUACUGGGGAGAAACCUUAUACCUGCUCAGAAUGUGGGAAAUGUUUCAGUCGCUGCACAUAUCUCACCAUGCACAUGAGAACCCACACUGGAGAGAAACCCUAUAUGUGCUUUGAAUGCGGUAAGAGCUUUAUCCAGCACCCGCACUUGGUUAAUCACCAGAGGAUUCACAGUGGAGAAAAGCCCUACACUUGCCUCGACUGUGGGAAAAGCUUCAGUCGCAGCUCAACCCUUGUGACCCAUCACAGAACACACACAGGGGAGCGGCCCUAUACUUGUACUGAGUGCGACAAGAGCUUUCUCCGUAGCUCUGACUACCAGCGGCAUCGCAAAAUCCACACAAAUAAAUCUUCCUCCCUCAACUGCCCAGACUGUGAUAAAAGCUUCACUAAACAUUCUCUUCUCGUUAAACACCAAAUGAGCCACAGGGAAAAAAAGCCGCAUGAGUGCCUCGAAUGUGGCAAACGAUUCACCUGUAAUUCUACCUUUACUCGGCACCAAAACACGCACAGGAUAAACGCAUUGUACAUGUGCUGGAAAAAGAUUCAGUCUGGGAUCCCCUCCUAUUAAACCAGCACGAAGAACAUGUAGGGCGACACAGAGUUGCACAUUUUGUAUUAUAAAGCAAUAGUCAGAAACAAAACUGUCCCUAUUUCUGCUGUAGAUUGAAAACACUAUAAUCUUAUGCUAUUAGUGAUGCACUUUCAUAUCAGGGUUACUGAAGUCUCUGCAUUCAACAUGGAGACGUUGACUUCUAAAGAAAAACGCUAUAUUUUUCUGUAAAUAAAACACAGGUUACAUUUCA